AUGACUCAGCAGACAUUAGCUGGUCCCUCCUCAGGCCGAUCAAACAAUAGUAGAGGAGGCAAUACAGCAGGAGCAGGCACAGAAGCUCCUCCGUUCAGCUCGAUUGAUGACAUCGUAUCUGCAAUUCGAUCAACACCAGCAAAUAGCAAUGAUGUUCAAACUGUGCUGCUGCCAUCAUUGCUAAAGACGUUUCAUUCACAAAAAGGUAAAGGACAAAAAAUAUUCAGAAAACCAUUGCAAGAUGGCGUUGAUCCGCUUGGAAUGCUAGAUCCAGCGAUCAAUACUCUUGGCUAUACGUUCAUUUUGGGUGUUCGUUCUGCUCAAUGUACAACGCAAGAAGAAGCAAGAGCAUUUAUGCCAGUCAUUGCUGCUUUCGCAGGAUCUUUUGAUUCUCAACAAUGGAUCGGUGCUGGAGAUGCGGUCACAACACUCGUUCGUGGAAUCGUCAAUGUCGCUCGUAUUUCCGAGGAUUUGGUCUGGGCAAAUCCUUCUCUGCUGCGCAUCAUGGACGCCUUUAGACGAGUUCAAGGAGGUCUAAACAAUCUGACAGUCAUUCAUGUCGUCGUUCUGUACCACCUCCUUCAAACAGCGCACUAUGAAACAGCUAUGGACUGGAUACUUCAGUACGAUUUAGUAUCAGCUGAUACGAAAGUGACGCCUCUGGUAUACUCGGAUGUUCUUGAGUACUUUUAUUAUGGUGGAAUGAUUUGCACAAAAGUGGGCGAUCUGGAAAAAGGAGCUACGCUUUUUCAGCAGUGCGUUGCCACACCCGCUCAAGCAGUAUCUGCCAUCCAAAUUGAUGCAUACAAGAAACUCAUCUUGAUUCAACUGAUGAAAGAUGGUACCGUAUCUCGAAUGCCUACUUUCACCUCACAAGCGGUCACAAGGGCUAUUCGUGGGAAUUUGUCAAAUCUAGAAGCAUAUCACUCAUUCAUUAAAGUUUAUACGAAUGAGGUCUCAUUGAAAAUUGCCGCAUCUCAUGAACAAGAAACAAAGAAGAGCUCAAAGCGCAAUCUUGUACAGAAUCUGCAAGAAUUCGUGCAACAAAAACAAGAGAUCUUUGAACGUGAUCAAAACUUUGGUUUGGUGCAAUCACUCGUUGAAGUUUAUCUAUCACGAAGGGUAGCUAGAUUGUCUAAACUUUUCGCAAUCAUUUCGAUUGGCGAGAUUGUCAAAUUGUUGCACAUCGAAGAGGACUUGGGCGUUCCGCUCGAACAAGCUUGCAAGCAGAUCUUUGAAGCGCUGCAACGUGCCCAACAGAUGCAAUGGAUCAAAGCUUCCUACAAAGGUGAGACUGUAUCAUCUUCUGCAUCUGUGGUUGUUCAAUUUGAACAAUCGCAUGUCGACGUUGCAAACGGUCCAGAAACUUCUUUAAGAUUGAUGAAUGUGAUGAAAGAGGGUCAACAUUGGAGCAAAAUCUUACAAGAAAAAGAACGUUCGCUCGCACAAAGUGAAGCAUACCUUGCAAAAGUCAUCAAUCCUUCUCGUUCUGGCUUUGGAACGCUCAGUAUGGAUGACUUUGAUGAAGAUGUAUACGUAUAAAAGUCCAAUCAACGAUCGAUAGAAUUUUUCAAACUCUUUGUAUCAUUUAACACAAUCCCCCUUUUUUGCCAUCGCUUAAUUGUGAUGAGAUUUCACAUAUACAAUUGAUUGAUGAAUAUGAAUAAAGUACACAUUGCU